GAUGAUGGCUCUGACAGUGUGCUGAAAGCUGCCAUGGCUGACAAUUGUGCAUAUUAGUGUCUGCAGCCCUCCUCCCCUGAAUCAUCUGUGGAUCACUGGAGGGAACAUUGUCUACAGCACCUCUGCAGACAAAGGCUCACACUGGAUGCUACAAUUGCUUAUGCUGGGCAUUUUGGAAAGUACCUGCAGGGCUCAUCUGGUCCCCCCUCCUCCUGAGUACUAAGUGUAUUCAUGAAUGAGGGGGAUGGAGCAGCUGCUGCUCUUCUGCUGCUGCCUGUUUGCCUGAAUGAAGACUGGACAGCCCUGGAAUUGGCUUCUUCUCCAUUCCUUCCUCCUGCAUUGAAUAGAUGCAACAGUGAUCCCUGAAUAUUGGGGGUCUCUGAAUAUUGGGGGUCUCUGAAUAUUGUGGCUCCAUAUAGACUCCUGUACAGAUCACAAGAGGGAUGUGAUGAUCUGGAGGGAUCACUAAGGAUUGGAGGAGGAAGAACUUUAUGACUGGCCCUGGAUGGAGCUGUGUGAUCAGUGGUGUACCCUCUUCUUGGCCAUGGCAUGGAUAUGAGCAGGGGGUGCUGGCUGGGUAUAGGAGGUGCUAGCUGAGCAGGAUGGUGCCUGUUGGGUGCAGAUUGUGCUUUGUCACCACAAUCCAACACUCCCACCACCUUCCAUCCCCUGACCUGUCAUAGAUAUCCUCACACCAUACCUAUACUGACAGCUGGCACCACCUCACACUGGGAAGCAGUGGCAUGUCAUAGAAUAUUGAGCCCUCCAGGUGGGGUGGCAGGGAGGAGGAGCGGAGGGUGACACUGCCAGUGUGGGCUCUGGGCACACAGCUCCGGGACGCGUUGCGAUAAUUGGCUGGGUGUUUUGUCCCUGCCGGCUCUCGGUUGAGGAGAUGGGAGAGAGCAUGUCUAAGCGGCUGAAGCUGCAGUUUGGCGGGGAGGCGGAGAUGGAGGAGCGCUCCUUCAGUAACCCAUACCCGGACUACCGGCCCGGCCCGGACACGGCAGAGCCGGCGGAGGAGGAAGAAGAAGAAGAGGAUGCCGCCGCGGGUGAACCGGGGGAGCUGGACCUGCCCUUUGACAGAGAUGGAAAGAUUUCAGGAAGAUUUUCAAGACGUAUCCAGACAAAAAUGAGUGAUCUGCUACAACAAAUGGAGGAAGGUCUGAAGACCGCUGAUCCACAUGACUGCUCUACUUAUACCGGAUACACAGGCAUAGCCCUCCUCUACCUGCAGCUGUAUCGUAUUGCCAAAGACCAGGCUCAUUUGCAGCGGUCUCUCGAUUAUGUGAAAAGAAUUCUGCGGAACCUGAAUGGCCGAAGAGUCACAUUCCUAUGCGGUGAUGCUGGGCCUCUCGCUGUAGGUGCUGUCGUUCAUCACAAGCUUCAGAAUCAAGCUGAAUCCAAGGAUUGUAUUACAAAGUUAUUGGCAUUGCAUCCGGGGGUGGUCAGCCCAGACUCUGAGCUUCCAGAUGAGCUGCUGUAUGGAAGAGCUGGUUAUCUCUAUGCGUUGCUCUAUCUAAAUGCGGAGAUCAGUCCAGACACGGUGCCUCAAGCUACAAUCAAAGAGCUUGUAGAUGCCAUUAUAGAAUCUGGGAAGAAUUUGUCUAAAGAAGAGCACAAGACGGAACGCUGUCCUCUGCUGUAUCAGUGGCACAAGAAGCAGUAUGUGGGGGCAGCCCAUGGAUUGGCUGGGAUCUACUACAUGUUGAUGCAGCCAUUAGCCAAAGUAGACCAGGAAACAUUAACUGAGCUUGUAAAGCCAUGCAUUGACUACGUACGCCACAAGAAAUUCAGGUCUGGCAAUUAUCCGUCAUCUUUAAGCAAUGAAACAGAUCGGUUGGUACAUUGGUGUCAUGGAGCACCAGGAGUUAUACACGUGCUUCUUCAGGCUCAUAAGCUGUUUAAAGAAGAUAAAUACUUGAAAGAUGCUGUGGAUUGUAGCGAUGUUAUUUGGCAGAGAGGCCUAUUAAGAAAAGGAUAUGGCAUUUGUCAUGGGACAUCGGGGAAUGGAUACGCCUUCUUAUCACUUUACCACCACACCCAAGAUAAAAAGUAUCUCUACAGAGCCUGUAAGUUUGCAGAAUGGUGUUUAGAUUAUGGUGCACAUGGAUGCCGAAUCCCGGACAGACCAUACUCUCUCUUUGAAGGAAUGGCUGGCACAAUUCAUUUCUUGUCAGACGUGAUGACACCAGAGACUUCACGCUUUCCUGCAUUUGAACUUUGACUGGCUGGCAGGAGACUAUGGAGAGGAGUAUCUGUCAGCACUUGGAGAAGAUGAAGAGCUCAGAUGUGUUACAUUUGGUGCCUCCACCUUACUUGCCAACCUAGAUUCAUCACCACUUUUUACAGAAGAGCAGUUAUGGUGUUUUCUGCAGACACCACUGCUAAAAAUAAGUUUAUCCUGAAUUUUGUUAUUUAUCCUGUGAUAUUGUUGUAUGUUUGUUGAAACUGGGAGAUGCUUCAUUUUUUGUUUUAUGUUAACACCUUUUGGUGUUGGAAAUAUUGGCUGCUUUUGUUGACCCUUUUAGGAGACACUGUAAAGUAUAAUUUACUUUGAUUCAUAGUGUAUAGUCUAAUCCAGAAUUAAAGGAAAUCUGUCAGCGGUAUCGCCUGCACUAAAGCUGUCACACAGGCUUGUAGCGCCGGUGAUGCUGAAUAAAAAGAUACUCAUGGUGACCAGAUUUGCCAAUCCGUUCCGCAGCAAUUCACUUUUUUCUUUUUAUGCAAAUGAGGGCCUUGAGGCAUGGGCGGAGCUCCAAACCGAGCUAGGGGCACGCUGAUGUCAUCUUCACCGGGCGGUUGCUCCACCCAGCUCAUCAAUAUUCAUAACCCCUUCCCUUCUCUUGUGCACCGUGUUAGUGUACGGCGCAUGCGCCGUACACUAACACGGGGCGCAAGAGCAGGGAGGGGGGUUAUGAAUAUUGAUGAGCUAGGCGGAGUGGCCGCACUACAAGCCUGUGUGACAGCUUUAGUGCAGGUGAUACUGCUGACAGAUUUCCUUUAACACUGAUUUAUGCAAUGAAUCUGGCCAUUGUAGACAGUAGAAGAAUAACCGCCUGCUAUUUACAUUUCCACUACAAUUAGCUUGGACCAUGCAAGGAAUAAAUCUUAAAGGGUGAGACACUUUUAUCCUUGUUAUGUCGGUAAAGUUUUGUUUGUGCUUGUCUUAUUAUUGCCUGUUUGGUUACACUUGAUCUACUGCUGUGUGAUACAAUACAGUAAAGUUUACAUUACAAACAAGACUCCCAACUGUACAUAUGCUUGUAAGAUAAAAUCUUCUUUGUGUUGAAUGGGUCUUGUUGGGAAGAUGAUACAAUGUGGAAACUGCAUGGUUAGUUAAUGUGUGUAAAGAAUGCCUGCGUGUGCUGGGCUGUACAAUGCACCUUCACUUCAUGGCAAAUAAGAUGAAUACCUGUUCCCACUUUGUCUUAUAGCUUCAUGAUGGCACAAGUUAGUGGCAAGGGGACACGUUGAGUUAUCUUUACUGCCCAAAGUGUGUGGAGACAACAUUUUAAGAGAAGAUUUUCAAUCCAGAAGAUUACACAACCAGUCACUGUCCCAUUUAUUACAUGCCCUAAAAAAUGAAAUGGGUAGUCAGAACCUUGAAUAAUUUCCACUGAAAAUCCAUAACUGUUGUUCUAUGACACAUAGAGUGGCCUGAAAACUUAAAGGGGUACUCUGCCCCUAGACAUCUUAUGGUCCCAUAGCUGGGACCCCCACAAUCUCUGUGCAGCACCCAGCGUUUCUUUAGAACACUCGGUGCGGGUGGCGAGGGUCGUGACGUCACGGCCACGCCCCCUCGUGACAUCACCCCACACCCCCUCAUUGCAAGUCUAUGGGAGGGGGCAUGGCGGCUGCCACACUCCCUCCCAUAGAUUUACAUUGAGGGGGCAUGGCCGUGACAUCACGACCCCCGCCACCCGCACCCAGUGUUUGGAACAUAAUGUUCCGAAUGCUGGGGCAGCGGAGUACCCCUUCAAAUUCCAACUGCAAGUGCUCUGGUGUCUGCAGAAAGAGAGAUUUAUUUAUUUUUUAUUCUGUUUAUUACAUCACAUUUCAGAAAUUAAAGAUGUGAAGGACAACACGGAUAACUGAUAAAAUGAUUUAAUGGAUUUUGCCAGCCUCCUCAACUAUAGACUGCUGUGCCACUCUGAGGAUGUCACUGCAUGCACCGUUUGUACUGAGCUUGUAUAGAAAGAGCACUUUGUCUAUUCAGUAGUAUGCAGCUCCUGACGUGAGAGUGCUUUCUGUAUGUCAGGGACGUGAGAAUUGAGCAUUGUUUAAUUUGGGGAGUAUGUGUAUUUGUGGUGUUUAGGGUAUACAUAUAUACUUUAUAGAUGAAUUGUCCUUGCGUUAUAUGUGACAUUACACAGAUUGAGUGUGUGGAGGUGGUGUGUGCAAAAGGGAGCAUUUUUUUAUUGACAGGUUUCUGACAUUUAAUACUUGUCAGAAAAGGAGAUACAGUGGUGCUUGAGCGUUAGUGAAGCCUUUAGAAUUUUCUACAUAUAUGCCUAAAUUUGACCUAAGACUACAUCAGAUUUUCACUAAAUUAAAAGUCAAAGAGAACCAAAUCAAACAAGCAAGUCAAAAGUAUUUGACCUAGUCAUUUAUUUAGUGAGGAAAAUGAUGCAUAAAUACAUUUUUGUGAGUGUUAAAUGUAUGUGAACCUUUACUUUUACUCCUUAUGCAGCAAUAACUACAUCUUAAAGGGGUAUUCCAGGAUUUUUAUUAUUUGACUAUGCUACAGGAGUUGUAAAGUUAGUGUAGUUCAUUAUAUAGUGUCUGUACCUGUGUGUGACGGUUACAGUAUACAAAAUGACUGUUGUCUUAGAUUUUUCCCAGGUUGCAAUGCGGCCGAGACCUGACUCACUAGUCAGCUGAUGACAUAGAGCCUGUCUUCUUCAAUGGGUGAAGGGAUCGCUUGUUGGAAGAGAGAUCAAUCUGCAACUAAUGCAACAGCUGAUUGAAAACCACAGGUCUUUUGAAGGGAUGCAGCUCCUUUAUGUUUCAAUGGGUGGGGUGGCUGAUGUGUGGGAGAGAGGAAAAUGGAAUCAUGGGAUUUGUAGGCAGAGAAGAUAACUCAAAAAGGAAAUACCAGUUCAUAAAAAGCUAGCCACAGUGUUAUGGUAAUCUCAUAACAUAUCCAUUUAGCCCCAAGACAAGCGCAGAUCCUUCCUAAGCAUGUCCAUUACUGUCUGCCAGGUACGUACUAACGUACUAUGGUGGAUAACCCCUUUAAUGUUGAUUAGUCCUGCAUAUCAUCCUGGAUGACCUAUAGCUUAGGCUACAUUCACAACAUGUUUUUGUAAUUUGGCUGCCAAAUCUAAUUGGGGAAUUUAAAAACCGACCAUAACCGCAUCCCCGCCAGACCCGUGAUGCAUCUCAUUUAUUUGAAAGGGCCAGACAGAGUCAGUUAGUGACUCUGGUCAGUUUAUUUUUGUACCAUAUCUAGUCUUGUUGCCGGACUGAAAAUCGCGGUCUGACACAGUCCGGCAAUAAAAUGGAUUUAGUUAAAAAUAUACCGAUCAGAGUCUCUGACUCCCCCCAGUACAUUCAAAUGAAUGGGAUGCGGCGCGGGGAUACAGCAGCGGCCCGGUUAUUAGUUCCCCUGCCUGAUUCCGCAGCUGAAUUACAAAAAUGUGGUGUACAAAACGACUUCAAUUCUGUUAUGUUGCUUCAGGUCCUGAAAAAAUUUUGUAUUGGAUUCAGGACCUAAAGGCCAUUUGUAAACUUUAUCUUUGUUCUUCUUUAAGCAUUCUUUGGUAGAACAACUUGUGUCCUUACGGUCAUUGGCCCUUAUCUACUAAAGGUAAUCCAACUCUUUUGUCAGGUUUUGUGUGCAUGUUGUGCCAGAUUUUGCGACCAAAAAAAUCCAUGAAACUUGUCCAACUCUCCAUUUUACUCAGAAAACCUGAAAAGAGGCAUGGCCACAGGGGAAAAGGGGCAUGUUCUUGACAGUUUUGAAAAAUCCCAACAAAUUUACUAAUGUUCCUACAUAAAAUGUGAUGGAUUUGACUUAUGGAAAACCCAACAGUUGAGAGCACCAACCAUGGAAAACAUCUGUCAAGAAAAAACCCCACAAAGAAAACAACACUCCACUCUAAGUAAAUGAGGACCAUUGUCUUUCUUUAUGACCCACGUUCUCAGACAGAUGUCCUGACAUUUUGGCAUUAUCUUUUGUUAUCAGCAAGCUCUGGGGAGGGGUGGACUGAGGUAAAAGAUCUGCGGGAGGCACUCACCAUGUCAAAAGAAUGCAAGCUUUAUUUUUAUUUUUUGUGCCUUAAAAAUGCAGCAUGGCCAGACACGGAUGCCACAUAUCGGACUUCGUAACUACAGCUGUUUAAUUGCGCCAUGGAGUUUUAUCAGGUUAUGGCAUCUCACCUGUGCACUGGAGGUUUUACCUCCUAAAUCGUGAUCCAAGUGAGAGGGUGUUUACAAUGUUAGCAGCAAUAAAACAUUUUUUUUUAAAGCAAAUAGAAAAGUACAGUAAGAUUAAUUACGAUGCAGCUAAAGAGAAACUGUUUAGAUAAACAUAUUAAGGUCAAACCUGACAUUCAACCCUAGAUUCCCUAAUGCGUCAGUUCUGAUAAUCUAUCGUGCUUCAUGUUGAAGCAGUAACUUCCGCCUGUCUAUGCCUUCCUUUGUAUUAACUCUUUCAAUCCCGCACAUUUUUAGACUACAAUGAUCAUUUCCAUGUACAUCCUUAAGGUGUGCAAUAAAUCUAAGAGCUCCUUUUUUCUGUUUUUGAAAUGAAUAAAUGUGUACUCUAAACCGGGUAUGUAACGCACGUAUAGUGCAUCUGAUAGAAAAACGCUUACAAGGGCAAAAGAUGGUAUAGACUAGGUAGGAGGUACGGCAGCAAAUACAGUCUUUUAUAUUGAUGGUAAUCCCUCCUAUAUUUAGGUUUUUACCAGUAUACAUGAAAGAGCACCACGAACAGGAACCACAUUUAAAAUUUCCUUUAGGAAUGGCUUUAUUUAAAGGGGUACUCUGCUGCUCAGUGUUUGGAACAAACUGUUCCGAACAAUGGAGUCGGCAUCGGCAGCUCAUGAUGUCAUAGCCCUGCCCCAUAGACCUGUAUUGAGGGGGUGGGGGGUGAUGUCAUGAGGGGGUGGGGCUAUGAUGUCAUGAGCUCCCGGUUCCAGCGUUCAGAACAGUUUGUUCCAAAUGCUGAGCAGCGGAGUACCACUUUAACUCGUUGUUACUGUCAUCCUUACUAGAAAAUUUGCUUUGAGUUAUAGCAUCCUCCAAGUUCUGACAUUUCUUGAAUGAGAUAAGCGGUUUCUUUUAACUAAUAUCAGUGAGAUAUAGAUUAGGGUCAUUCUGAAUAAUAAACCAAUGCUUUUAAAUAAUGUUUUUAGUUUAAGCUGCCAUAUGAUUAAAAUGGAAAGAAAAUAAAAACCGCCUUUCACUGUUCACAGCCAACCUUACGUUUUCCUUUAAUGAAAGAAUUUUUGAUUGGCCAGAGCCUGUUCAAGGACUUUAGAGGGAUAACAUCUGUCUUGAAAGCAAUCAUAUAAAUCUCUGGCUUGCUACGAAGAACUGAGGACUUGGUAUGAGCGGGAUGAUAGCUAUGAUAAUAUAGCAGGGCAUUACCUGCCAUAGGUUUCCUAUAUCCCAAUACCUGGACUCCAUCCUCUUUUUUUUUUUUUUUAGUGUCUGUGACGCGCGGCUCCGCCUCCAAAACUCACUGCACUCAUAGGGCUGCCGCCGGAAAGCCCUGUGUGUAUAGUGAGCAAGGGAUACGCAGCGUAUUUCCCACUGCUGCCAUAAAUUUUGCGCAGCGUCAAAUACGCUGCGUAUGCGCCCUGUGGGAACGCACCCUUACACAUCAAGGAAUUCUAAAGUAGAAUGGCUGGUUUUAAAGGUAAAUUUUUAUUUCCUAUCAUUAUCAUUUAGAUGUUUCACAAAUUCCAGGAAUUUGUCCUCUAUCCAUAUAAUAAAGACCUAAUCAACAGAGCGAUAAUAAGGAUGUACAAAAUGUAAAAAUGGAUUGUUCAUACUGAAGACAAAUUUCUUUUCAAAGCUGGCUACGUAGAGAUUGGCGAGGGUACACGCCACUGGUGUACCCAUCGCCACUCCACUGAUUUGGGGAGGGGUAAUAAUAAUCCUGAGUUUCCUUCAUUUGUACACAGUCUAUACACUGACUGUAGAUUGUGGAGUAACAAACUCAUUGGGGAUUGUUUUGUAAUAUUUUCCAGCCUGGUGAGCAUCAACAACUCUUCUUCUCAGGUCUUUCCCUUUGUUGGCGUCAUGUUACUUUUCCACUAACCUGUAUUGUGAAGAUCAGACUUUUAUAGAUCCCUGUACUUAAAAUAAAACUGGUGGCCCAUUCACACCUGAUUGACAUUCCAUUGGCUAAAACCACCUGUCUCUUAUUUUACAUUCAAAUUGUCUUCUAACUCUAAGGAUGUGCUCACACAUUUCAGAUUUUUAAGAUCAAGACUAAUAUUUUUUACUUAUUUGUUUGAUUUGGUUUUCUUAAGCUACUUUUAGGACAUGAUAUAGUUGUAGGCCAAAUGUAUGCAGAAAUACAGAAAAUGUUAAAGGCUUCACAAACUUUCAAGCACCAGUAUGUAUGGGGAGCCUUGAGCUAGAUCCCUACUUUUGAUGCUUUGAACGAAAGAAUGAAAUCACUACUUUUGGCUCUGAUGAGCAAUUUUAAUAUAAAUCAUUCCAAAGCUCUGUGAAUAUUACUGGUUGGAAUUGGCUGUUGUUUGUCUUUUACAUGUUACGUGUUUUUUAUGUAUGUGACCUUUAAUGCUGUGGUCAGAAUAUAAAAAAGCUGAUAGCAAUUGCCUGUGACUCUUAAUUCAGAUCUUUUGCACAAAUAUAUUAAAAUGAUGCAAGUGUUAUAAUCGA